CACAUCCCUUCCCCGAACCCAGGAUCCUUCGUUCGCCCGUCGACGCGACGGACGCACCGCGAGACGUUGGAAAUCGUCUUCGAGCACGCGAACGGACCAGAAUAUAAGACGCGAAUCCGAGAACGGUUGCGACAUCGAGAAAAACGAUCGUCCCGUACGCGGUGUCUCCUUCGACGAGGGAUAUUCGACCGCGCUACGAGAUGCCUCUUCGUUAGAAACGAUAAUCCGAUGAGCGUAUCUGGCGCGAAAACGCGACCAGCGGCGUGGCUCUGAGAAUAAUCGGCCACGAGCAACUCACCCUGACUUCAAAUAACGAACAAAAAGUGCUGUCGUUCGAGGCGAACCUCACGGGAGUCGAAAAGAAAACAUUUGGAAAACCGUCCUUUCGCAUGGAAGUCAUUGGCUAACAUUAGGGUAUAAAGUGAAUAACACCUGCUCUUCGUUCCUAGUGAAAUUCUCGUCGUCCUUUUAGGCAUUUUUCUGUACCGAUCCCUCGACCACCAUGAAGAAUAUCCUAGCUCGGAUGCGUCCAGUAAUUUAGUCGAGCGACGAGUAGAUACUGCCAAAUAGUGCAUAGAAAAGUGUUUGGAUUAGUACAGUCGUAGUUGGAGGAAUGUCAUGAAAAAUAUUGUUGAAAUCUUACCAGAGACGAAACAAUGCGUGCAUGAAUAGAAGACAUUCGUUGGAAGCCUCAGGUGGUCUUCAGAAAGAGCUAAAAUCAGAAAAUCGUAUUAUUGGAAUAUUCUUUUAAUUUAUCGUUGAAAAAUACGACGAAAUGGAUCCACUGCUAAAUCGUAUCGCUAAAUUACUCGACUAAAUUUUAGCAUCCGUGCACAUCAAGUUACUAAAUUACGCGCCGUUGGACUAAAUUACUAGACGCGUUUGAAUCAAUCUUAAUAGAGGACAUAGAGAAAUGGCUUUAAUCACGAAUACCUUCGAUACGCGACUGUGUACGAACUUGUUCCUAAUGGUUUCGACCAGAAAUUUUCCACAACGAUUUGAAACAAUUAUUAACAAACAUUUCGAGAUUUGCGAAGUUAGAAUUUCGAUCGAAUCUGGCUCAUCUUAUUUAAGUAGCCGUCGGAAAUAUUUUCUAUUGUUUGUGCCGGUCACUUAAGACGUACGACUUUGUUCCCAAACGCUUUCAGGAAAGGUUCUCGUGAAAUUGGAGCGAUCUAAUUGGACACGCAAUUCCCAAGUCUUCAAUUGUUUCAGACUUAUCUUUACGAAGCUGAGACUUCGCUGCUCCCCGGAGGAAACAAUCCGAGGACAUCAAACGAGUUGAGGGCGAAUAUGCCGUAUCGGAGUAACAGUUUGCGACGUUAAACAUAAUAACGUAAAGACCGGAGCAUAUUCCGCGUUGCUUUUCGCUCCGCAAUAGAACGAUUCUCUGUGUCGAUGAUCUGUUUGCUGAUAUCGCGGAGGGACACGACCAACUCCCUCUAUAAUUCAAGAGAUACUCCGUCAUUGUUAGCGAUAGUUCGCGUCGUCUGUAGCGUAUAAUUUACGAAUCAGGCUCCCGUAGGAAUUAAUUCACCAAACACGGUUUAAGUCGCCCCUUUUAACCGGGACUCCCCUCGUUUCCGAAAUACCGAAUUCAGUUUUCUAUCUCCCGCCUCCGGGUUCGUUAUAACGUUCAUCCGGAUUAGAAUUUCAAUUUGGAAAUACUUCGUCCGCAGAUUGUUUCAUAUUCAUUACUACGCGUACCGGCGUCCCUUAAACUCGUCACUUUACGGAUUCCCAGGCUCGCUUUUCCGCGAUAUUUCCACGACGGUGAAUUUUUUGCAAUAUCUCGCGCGCGACCUUUCCACGAAAUUCCGCGGCUCCGCUACCCGUCGUCCGGAAAUGAUGCACAGGAAAGAGAGUCGGAGAACGAACACUCCACGGUUUUCCCCUCGGAUAGAUUGAAUUUAACCGUUUUCUCUGGCAGUCGUAGCUAAGUCGUUGACGAGAAACAGACAGAUUUACGAUACUUCGUGCACGAGACGCUACGGUACCUGAACGAACAUCGAAAACAUCGCGUCAGAAAUAUUUCGGAUCAUCCACUACUGUCGGAUGAGCUUUCCGUGCAUACCUCAUAACGAAUAGAAAUACUUAUGAUAACGAAUCGAUACGAUAGAUCACCGGUCGCCGUGCAAUCUUGUACACGAAGGUAAAGGAAGAUCCGAAAGACUCGGUCGAUUUAGUACGAUCGUCUACGCGGUUCGCAUACAUUCCGCAUCGCAAACAUACGGGGACAGUUGGAAGCCGUAAAACGCAUCGCGGAAGGUACAGAAACGGGUUGUGACAAGUUUCUGAUUAAUUGCUCGGUUGUCCGUGCCACCGCGUACGCGUAAGAUUGAUAGGACAAUUGUGGUUUUUUUCCAAUUAAACUGACCGCGGAAGCAAAGAUUGCAGGAUGUUAUCGGGGGAUUUUCGUGCGAAAGAAGCGAACGAUACCCUCGGCCACGCGUAGGCCGUGUCACGGGCCCGUGCACGCAAAGUUUAUUAACGUCGGUUAACGAUUUUUCGAUCAACGGAAUGGCGAUACGGUCAAUUAAUAGACUACGUGCAAUUGCAUUACCGGAGUCCAGUCUGUAAACUACGUCCCAUCGCAUCGUGACGCUAUAUAAAUUUCUGAACGUGUACACCUAGAAUCGCAAUUACACCUGUAAACCCGAGAGAUACCGUGCACGGUAUCGUUAGCUUGAAUAGCCUCGAUCAACGAUUUAAUAAACGCGAGAAGACUUGGCAAAAUUGAAGACCACCUUUGCAGACUUUAAUCGAGACCAUUUUUAAUUAUCUUGCUCGGCUAGAUCGUUUCACGAUUUAAUAUUAAUUUAGAAAAUAUACACUUCGUACGUUCCGUGUUCAUAUUUUAUUAAAUCCGUUCGAGCGGCCGUCGAAAUCUGAACCACCGCGCUGGAGCGAAUAUUUAUCGUUCCUCGCGGGCAACGGAAAUCCGCGAACUCGCGUUUAACACUUCUUAAUGUUCGCUGCGACUUUCCGUGACGUUCGAAAAUAAACUCGGUGCGGUUCGUCGUUCGUUUCUAAUAUUAACUUCCGCGACGAAAUUCGCUUUACCGAUCCCCAAACGAUUUUAUAGCCCCUUGCCAGGUAAUCGAAUUCUAUUCCAAACCUCGAGUUCGAAAACGAAGGUAAAGACAGGCCCGAAGGAAAUCUGUACAAGACAAGACGUAUCGCGGCGAGUAACGUUCGAUUCGAUCAUUUUAUCCGACAAUCUUAAUUAAUUCUUAAUUCCAGUUUUAUCGCAAUUUCAAUGAAAAGUACGCCUGUAUACGCUUGAAAUAUUAUAUUUCGGGCGAAGAUAUGUCACGCUGGUUUCGAUAAAACGACCGUGUCGUGCGAAGGGGCUGUUACUAUCUGUCUCUCUCGAUAGGAAAAAAAGAGAAACGAAAGAAAGUUGGGGGCGUAUCGACCCGAUGGCGAAUUUAUCGUCCAGCCCGCAGGCCAUUCGCGAGAGGGACUGAAGAAUAGAAAAAGGGAGGAGCGCCGUGGUCUGAAUCGAGAAUAAUUUCUUAUUAGGCCGUCAGGAGUUUGGACCAUUUAUCAGAAGGGAAAUUCGUUAGCCGCGUCGACGCUUGGGAAAUCACAACACGGCCGGGCCCAAAACGUUGCCCGCGUUAACUUUUCUCCUCCCCCGUCUACGUGACGAAGUUUCCGGCACUUGAGUUUGACGCGCGUGCUGCGGUCGAGUGACCAGGGGGUUAAAAAUAUCGCUGGAGACUCGCGACGCUAAUCGGAUAAAGGACGCUGCUCCCGAUGAUCCCCGAACACUCGUUGGUUUAUCGAGUGACGCCAAUGGCGAAGGGACAUGGAAAAGACGACGGGAAUUACCUUUAAUGCCAUGGAAAUUGGGGCGAAGUGAACGUCACCGGUGAAGUGGCGAGAGAAGAAGCGACGGAGGAUCGAGCGGGCAACUUUCUUGCCGGAAUAUUAUUUCGUCCUUGCACGACCGUUGAACGUUCAGCCCUGCGGGGCAUUCACGGCGACAAGUUUUGUUUUCAAAAGGCGUCGAAGCCGCGAGGAUGCGAGGAACGCCAGCCGAGAGCUGAACGAACCCGUGGAACAGAGUCGAUCGGAGAAUUUUUUUAACGGGAAAACGAAUCUCGAAAGAGAAGAAAAAUGCAUCGCGUUAGGUCGAUGAUCGUCGGUUGGUUGGCAUUGGUGGUGCCCACGUUGGUCGACGCCACCGACUAUGACUACUACGACUGGACGAUAAAUUACAUAGACCUAUCGCGUAUGGAAAGAAACGCGGGCAACUGCAGCCACUGCCGGAACGUGACUAGCGCGGACAUAUACCCGAAGUUCUCGGUCUGGGUGCUGAUCGUGUCCCACAGCAUCAUCUUCGUCGUUGGCCUGGUCGGGAACGCGCUCGUCUGUAUCGCCAUAUACAGGAACCACACGAUGAGAACCAUCACCAAUUACUUCAUCGCGAACCUUGCGGUGGCGGACUUCCUGGUUUUGAUACUUUGUCAACCCUUCACCGUGAUAUGGGACGUCACGGAGACCUGGUUCCUGGGUCUAACUCUCUGCAAGACCGUGCCGUAUCUUCAGACAGUGUCGGUGACCGUGAGCAUACUGACCCUAGCAUGCAUAUCUGUAGACCGAUGGUACGCGAUAUGCUUCCCCCUCGCUUUCAAGACGACCGCAGGACGAGUGAAACCCGCUAUCCUCAUAAUCUGGGUGAUAGCGCUCCUAUUUGAUAUUCCGGACCUGGUCGUGCUGCACGUUAUCGUACCGGAGGGCAAUCCAGACGCGAUCCUGGGUAUCGACUGCGACGUAUCCUGGAGCAAGAACAGUCAACUAACGUUCGUCAUCGCGAAGUUUAUUUUCCUUUACGCCGGGCCCCUGCUUUUCAUGAGCGUUGCUUACUGGCAGAUCGUCAAGGUCCUCUGGAAGAACAACAUUCCAGGACACAACUUGCCAGCACAGGCCUCCCAGAUGAGCCAGACUUCUCCGGCCAACGUUGGGAAUCUCGAUGGGCAGCUGCGAUACCGGCGCAAGGCGGCUAAAAUGUUAAUCACGGUGGUCAUCAUUUUUGCCAUCUGCUACUUUCCGGUCCAUUUACUCUCUGUUAUAAGGUACACCAGUGGAUUAACGGAAAGCACCUUGACAAAAGUAUGGGCCUUAAUAUCCCACGGCCUCUGUUACUUCAAUAGCGCGGUUAAUCCUUUGAUCUACAACUUCAUGAGCGGUAAGUUCCGGCAGGAGUUUCGUCAUAUGGUCCGGGAAUGCACACCCCCGAACGAUCACAGACCAAAUCAGCAGCUCAGCUACGCUAACACGGCAAACGGAUGCCGGUCUGCUCCUCAAGGUCGUCGUGAGCAAUUAUGACGCGCAGAGAUGCGAGUCUCUUGGGUGAAAAAAGCUCCUAAUUUCGUCGCGGAGGGACCUCAUGGCGGAAAUGAUUCUCCGCAGGAACAAUGUAGUCUUGAAUAUUGCACUCCUCGGACUCGAUCACGCUCAGUGAAAAUUUCGGAAGGAGUUUAGACGUGCUUUCCGUUGCUUCCAAGAAAAUGGUUCUCGUAUUCAACGUGGAUAUCUCGCGAGCUCAUCUAAUCCUAAAACGAAGUCCCGGA